GCGUAGACUCCUGUGUGGUUACUGAAAGCCAGGAUUACUUAAGCACGUAUUGCUUGCACAGCCUUUGUCGUCGUUAAUAUGCCACAUAGCGACCAUGCAUUUGGACGAUAAACAUCUUUAAGCUUAAUAAUAUAAGUGCCAUACUAAACACAGCGUAGAGUGGCCGCCGUUGGGCGUGUCGAAGCUAAAGUCGCCGGCUGACAUAUUUAGAAACAAUUCGAUCGGAAUAGAAAAAUGGGAGGCGUGGAGUUCAUUGGCAAGGUUGUGUCCAACCGUAUGCAAAAGACGGUGGUAGUAGCCGUCAGCUACGUGGUAUGGAUCCCAAAAUACAAGGUCUACCAAAAGCGUGUCUCACGACACAAGGCUCGCGACGAGGGGCAGUCCAGCAUCAUCGGGGAUAUCGUGCGCAUCCGCAAGUCCAGGAAGUACUCCAAGGAGGUGUCGUACUCGGUCGUUGAGACCCUCCGUAAGACCAAUGUGUACGAUGGUACGGCAGCGGCGGCGCUCGUCCAGGAGCGCGACGCGUCGCGGCCGUCCGACUGGGUGGAGGUGGCCAAGCAGCGGCUGGCUGACGCGGAUGUACGACUGGCCAAGCUACGGGAAAUGUACGAGAAGGAGAUUGGGGGUGCCGUACCGCUAAGCGGCGGCGUGCUGGGGGCGGCGGUUGCUAACUCGGGACCGGCGGGAACGGGCAGCCUGGGGGCGGCUGCGGCUGCAGCGCAGGGGAAGAAGUGAGUUGGUGCCUAGUUGAGCCUCCAUGCUGCUCCAUGUAAAAGUGGAGACCUAGGUUUGAGGAUAGCGGGUGGUUGGGAACAUGGUGUUGCUUUGCUCGGUGGAUUGCACCCAUGCGAGGCUGUCAUGGUGCGUUACAGUUGUCACAGUUGUGCAGCUGAGGAGGUGGUUUCGGUAGCUAGGGCGAAGAGUAGUGUGGCGCUGGGGUUUGCGUUCGUGUUAUGACAGUGGAGGCCCCAGGGGCUGCGUUUUGGAGGGGGCACGGGGUACGGCGGGCUUCUGCGCUGCAAGCGCGGAAGCGUGCUGGUAGGUUCGAGGGGUGGACAGAUGGCUGCUCGAAGAGGCUGUUUGUACGGCUGGGGUAGACAUCACCUCAUGUAGAGGACGCCUUUAUAGCUGCAUGUCGACUAGGGUUCCAUGCUGCCACCGUAUGCGGUAUCGGUAUCUGCUGGCAGGUGGCACCAGGUGGGUUCACAACCAGGGUGCACUUGACUGGGUGUGUGAUCCGGGCACAUGCACAGUACCUCCGCGGUCGGUGGGCGGUCUUCACUGCAGGUAGAUCAGUUGGACCGGCGUGGAUGGACAACUUGCCGUACAUGGGGAUUGAGGAUGGGCAUGUGGGCGUGUGACGUUGGGGUAGCUGCGUG